CUCAGCUCCGCCUACUUCCGGCAGACGGUCGGAGCAUUUACGGCCGUGGUGCCGCAAAGCGCUGGAGUGUGGCGGUCUGAGCAAGCUGUCGUCCGGACCCCAGACCUGCUGGUGGUGAAGUAUGCCUUAGGCGAGGGCUUCCGGGCGUGGGGAGCGCUGCGUCUCACACUGUAACGCAGGCUGACCUGGAACUCGCGGGCAUCCCUCAGCUUCCUCCUGAGAGCUGGGGUCAUAGCCGAGGGCCGCCACGGCCAGACUUGUAAAGAGGUUUCUUCCUCGCUUCUUUUGCGUCUGGACGAGCCCUUCCCGGGGGAUCUGGGGAAGGAAUGGCGCCAGCUCACGACUAGGUAUGUCAUGUAUAAAAGUGGAUUAAUUCCAUGUUAAGCGGAAAUGGCCAAUUCGUUACGAGGAGAAGUACUGACUCUUUAUAAAAAUCUGCUGUAUCUUGGACGGGACUAUCCAAAAGGAGCAGACUAUUUUAAAAGGCGUUUGAAGAACGUUUUCCUUAAAAACAAGGAUGUGAAGGACCCAGAGAAGAUCAAAGAACUUAUUGCACGAGGAGAAUUUGUAAUGAAGGAGCUAGAGGCCUUGUACUUCCUUAGGAAAUACAGAGCUAUGAAGCAACGUUACUAUUCCGAUACCAAAGUCUGACCCAUCAUUGCCACCAGUCGAGCUGACAAUCAGUCCUGGCUGUUUGCCUGUACCAACUAUUAAAAAAUAAUUCAGUUUAAAAGA